AUGGCUGCUCCUAUUGGUGCGCAACACCUCCUCACUCUACCGUCAGAGAUACGCAACACGAUCUACGAAUAUGCUAUUGGCAUGGGUGGCAACAAGAUCAUCACAAUCAAGUUCAUUACCAGUGAGAGCACUGACGCCGACACUGGUCUCCUGUCCGCCUGCAGGCAGAUCUACAACGAGGUCAGACUUAUGUACGCGACGGAGAACCAUAAGUACUACUUCCGCAUCAACCUUGCCGAUGACGACAUGCUAGAGGCGGCGCUACUUCGCCUUGAGUACAUCUGCAAGCUCAGCACGCAAGUCCAUGCUCCCAUUCAGGUUGUCGUCCAGCUCCUCAACCUGCAAUGGAAGGACCUCUGCCAGAUCAUCACCAUCGCCCUCUUCCUCCGCAAAUUCGGCAACGGUAGGACGAGGAACGUGUACUACGAGUAUAUCAAGGUCUCGGACGCGCUCCCGAGUAGAGCCUUCACGGGUGACCGGCACAAGGUCGCCUUCUACGUCCCAUCGACCGAGAAGAAGCCUCUCCUCGUCACAGCAGCCAAGGAUCUCUUAGACCAGGGUCUGGCAGCCCGCUUUAGCAACAUCACUCGGGCUCAGUUGUUGAGGGACCUCGAGAACUCUGUGCGGACGUACCUUGCGUCGGGUCAAGGCGCGUACAAAACCCGGCACCUCGUUCCGCACCCCUCGGGCCUCUACUUCACCGGCCCUCAGCCUCAGCCUCAGCCUCCUGCUCCGGCUGCGGCUCCGGCCCUUAUGCCUGCCCCUGCCCCUGCCCCUGCCCCAGCUCCUGCUCCUGCUCCGGUCCCGACUCUUCCUCCACUCGCCCUCACUCGCCACACUUCCGACCCGGUUAGAGCUCAAACUCUCUUCACUCAACACGCCUCGACUACGGUCUCGCUCACGAUAUCUACUCAGCUCACCACGGCCGAUCCAUCUCACGACCUUGGCCAACCUGCCUUCACUCCUCCUCGCACUCUUGACACCUUGCCAACGACCGUGGAUCCAAGGUCCAUCAUGCUGACCGGCUUCCGUCCCGCCAACACCAUCCCGCCAUUCUCUCACAACUAUGACUAUAGCUCGCAGGCCUAUGGUCCGCCGUCCUACUAUGGUGGCGGCAUGGCGUCGGGGCCAUUAUACCCGGGCAUACAGGGCACGCAGGCGUCUCAGCUCGACACGGAUGGUGACGUCUUGAUGUCUGACGAGUAA